AUGACUGUCUUCUCAUGCUUCUACUCACAUCUAAUUUUUCUUCUUCUUCUUCUUCUUCUUCUUCUUCUUCUUCUUUAUGACUGUCUUCACACCCUUCUUCUCACUUCUUCUUCUUUUUCUUCUUCUUCUUCUAUGACUGCCGUCUCACGCUUCUUCUCACUUCUCUGUUUUGUUCUUCUUCUUUGUCUUCUCACAAUUCUACUGCUUUCUUUCUUCUUCUUGCUCACUUCCUUAUAUCUCACAUUUUUUUUCUUUUUUUCUUUCUUGUUUUCUUUCUUUCUUCAAAUAAAAAAAAAACUGAUCUCCUUCUCGUUUGUUUCAUCUUAUCUAUGUUUUCUUUUCCUUGCCCCCUCGUUAAUUAUCUGUCUUUCUUUCUUUCUUUCUUUCUUUCUUUCUUUCUUUCUUUCUUUCUUUCUCGUUUUUUUCGCCUUUUCUAUGUUUUCUACUUUCUUUCUUUCUCCCUCCACCCGCUUUUUCCAUAGUCCAUUUAGAAUCUUCUUUGUUUUUAAACAACCACAACUCCAUCCCUUAUUAUCUUCUUCUCUGUUACAACGAAUCCUUCAUUUAUUCGCUUUCAGUAUUCAAAGGAGAGUUUUCCCAUCUCCAUGUCGACUGAAAUUCAAACGUUCACUUCGCAUUUUCUAA